ACGAAUUGGUUUGUUAUUUAACGAUUCGAAAUCCUAAGAAGAGCUUAUAGUUUAAUAUAAACAAAAAGAAAAUGACGAGUAGUUGGUAUUUCGUUGGGGUUUUGUUGGGUUUGGGGAUGGUGGUUCAAGCGGCCAAAUUACCAAACACUUGGGGAAGAUGUUCGAGAAAAGACAAAGAUUUUGCAGAAUGUAUUAGAAAAAAUUUGGAAAUCGCUAUUAGGAGCUUGAACAAACCUAUCCCUGAGUUGGGACUAGCAAGUUGCGACCCGCUAAACAUCCCAGGAUUAUACAUUGGAGAAGGCAAAGGGGCCGUAAAUGUAGCCCAAGAUUUCAAAAAUGUCAAACUGCACGGAAUUUCCAAUGCAGUUGUCUAUAACUCUUCGUUUGAUUUUGAAAAAAAGGAAAUGAUCGCAGAGUCUCUGAGCCCAGAACUCAGAUUGGAAGCUGACUAUACCAUGAAAGGACAGGUGCUGCUUUUGCCUAUUGUUGGUAAUGGACCCUGCAAUGUUACUCUUGUUAACAUGAGAAUCAAACACAAAAUGAACUUCGAAUACAUCGAGAAAAAAGGAAAAACGUACAUGAAAGCCCUAGAUUUCAAAGUAACCAUGAACCCAGAAAAAGUACUUUUCAAAUUUGACAAUUUGUUUGAUGGCCAAAAUAAGGAACUUGGAACUACUGUGAACAAGGUUCUAAACGAUAAUAGCUUGGAAGUUUUCAACGACGUAAGAAACGGUUACGAGAUCAGUUUUGGUGAAAUCUUCAAAGAUUUGUGUAAUCGAGUAUUCCACAAAGUCCCAGUUAAAGAUAUCUUCUUAGUUUAAACUGCCAAUUAGGUUCAACUUAAAUUGUGAUAGACCAGUUGUUUGGUUCUUUUAAACCAAAAUUAUUUUAGUUAUAAUUACCUAUACAAUUUAUUAGGGGGUUGCUAUAACAUUAUACUGUGUUAUAGUGUCCAGGUUGCAAUGGACUUGUCCAUACAUUCCUACUAUCUUUGCGUUAGGUUAUCUUUAUUUUUGUAAAUUUUCCAAUUAGGUAGAUAAUUUGUGAUUUUAGGCAAGUUUUUAAAGUGAGUUUGAAAUUUUUUUAUUAUAGAAUAUUUCAAAUAAUA